AUGCAGACGGUUCCAAGUCUCGUUGGAUCCGGUGCUGCGCUUGCUGCAGCUGCCUUGGGUCUGGCAUUUGCUGAGCCAGAGCCCCAACCAAGUCCUCCUCCGACCUCGACCUUGAACAGAAAACGGGCGUACACCAACUACGACGGCGCUUCCUACAACCCUCGCCUGAGCAGCGCACCUGCUUCCUCCCGCCCAGGGACCAGCUCUGCAAGCCUGAACCCUCCCGCCGAGGUGUUUCAUCCCAGCUCCCUCCCCGAUGCAUCCUUCUCACCCACAACUGCAAACACCCCCCGCCCUCAUCGUCCCACGAGUAGCACCCAACUUACGCCGCCCAAAGUCAGCAGCCGAAGGCAAUCGUUUGUUCGCCAGGCCGACGGCAUCGUGGCCCCCACGGCCGAGGACUCGCGUGACUCCGUCUCGUCCAAUGGCUCCUGGAUGAGACGCCUGUCAUUGCGACCGCUCUCACAACACGGUAGCCUUCGCUCCAGCGCUGGCCCUGAAACGCACUCCAUUGCCUUCUCCCAUGGAUCCUCGGCCCCAAUUCUGUCACCGUCAGGCACAUAUCAGACCCCCCUGCCUCCAAACAAAUUAGUGAAGCGCGCUCCUUCUGCUCAUCAGAAUGGAGCGGCGAUGCGGCGCCGCGCCAAGUCGCACCUCCCGUCCCUCCGCCGCCCCGCCACUAGCCAUCAGCGAUCGGCAACUUUGCAGCGAAACCAGCUAGACUAUGACUCGACCGAGGGUUUGGAGGCCCAGCAAUAUUCACUCGAUCGUUACAUGCCAGCGCAAGAUGUUUUGUCGCUGUCGCCGGUCGAGCCCUACCCCCCUCCCCGAGCUGCUGAACCAUCGCGCUGGACCUCCCUGUUUCAUUCGCGAACCAUUAACGUACCUGUCAGUAGGACGCCGGACCGUUUACUCGAACGCGGAGCGGCGCCUCUAUCCAAACGACUACGUGUCUUUGUUGAGGAUAAGAAAAACAUCUAUCUUGUCCGAGCUAGCGUGGUCAGCACUACGCCUGGCACAGGGGACGCAUUGUACUCUGUCGAUGAGUCUCCAUCGCCCAAUCAGGAAAUACAGGAUACGGGGAGCUCUGGGUCGUCAGCGACUGUGCCGCAGCCCCGGUCAAAUCAGCCAUCCGGCAGCUCACAGAGCUCGGCAGCCAUGGCCUCUUACAAGAACGCGAGGCACGAACGAAGCUCCACGCUGAACAGCUCUGACUACGAGGUGCGGGGCUUUGGUUCCGGCGAUGAUGAAGACACAGAUUUCAGGAGUGACACCAUGUUUGACUCAAUACGGACGUUGGCAUCGGUACGCAACCGAGCCGUCGAGAGCCCACUUGAGUCCAUGUUCGACGAGUCCCCCCCCAGCACCGCUGGCAAUGGGAAGACGAAGCGGCUGUCCAUCCAAGAGAUACUCGGGCGUGGCUGGGAUGCUGACGAGAUGAUUAUGGAAGAGGACGAAAACAUGUCAACGCCGGUUCGGGCUAGCCAUGACCGCAAGAACCUCGCAGGCAUCGCUCCCGCACCGACUGGAUACAGCUACGAGCGUCCCUCGAACGACUACUCCCUGUCCAACAAAGACCUAUCACGACUCUCCCUAGAAGACGAUUUUGAAGACGACUGGGCCAGGGACGACGACGAAAUGGGGUUCGGCAACCAACUAUCACCACCCAGCUCGAUGAACUCGAGAGGUGUCAGCCCCAACCUGCGACUAGCAUUAGCCAGCAUCAGCGGCAAAGAUGUCGCGGAUGUGGCGCAAGACUUGCGCGGCGAGAGGCCUCGCAGCAACCUUUUUGACUGGACGGAGACGAAUCCGGGCGAGCAUAGUGCAGAGGGCCAGCUCCGCCCUAAGACAGUUCACGGCCGCCAAGAAAUGGACAUGAGAGGUGGUCGUCCUUCCAACCGCAAGGGACCUGUUGUUGCGCACGUCAGAAGCCAAAGUGUCCCCGUUGUAUACGACCCAACGGACAAUGCCAAAGCUGCGACGCAGAAAUUCGGCACAUGGGGACUCGGCACCAAGGGUGCCAGCGAAGAUUGGGACGACGAUUUCGAAUUUGGCGGCAGUGAUGAGGGCGGAGGUUUCCACUCUGGUGGGGAUCUAUCCAUGAUGGUCCCAGCAUCGAUUCAAGCAUCGCAACCCAGCCUGAAGCAACACUCUGGUCAGAUUAGGGAGCUUUCUCUCCUUGUGAACGAUCUCAAGCGCCUCUGCCGACAUGGCCGUGAUCUCGAUCUACUCGACGGUACCCAUGCGGCGCUGUGGCACGAGGCAGGAGGCAUAAUUUCCCUGGCCUCACCGGACGAGGAUGAGUUGGAAGGCAUGGACGUUGAUUCUUCGGAUCUGGAUUUCGAGCCUUACAGCGUCAACGAGCGUUUGGCAGACAACAACAAUAUGGACACGGAGCCUGCAAAGAAGCCGGAUGAUCCCUUCGAGGCACACGACCUCCGCCUAGCUAAGACGACUGUCAUCCGGGAACGCCCUGCAGGACGAAGGCGAUCAGUCUUCAGCCCUGACGAUGACAUAUUUGGUGGCAAUGGAUCAAUUACUGAUGCCAGCGCCGCAUCCUCCCGACCGAAGACGCCUGAGAACAACAUAAACAUGGGGGGCCACGACGUUACCGACAUUGUCAAGUCGGUGCUGGACGCCAUGCAGCAACGGUCUGCGUCGGACUCGUCUCACAACUCGGCGAGGGCUUCGGAAGACAAGGUUCACUUUGGCACAAACAAUCUGAAGGCAUUGGUCAAGCGGGCAGGAGAUUUGCGAGACUUGCUCUCCGAGGCUGUCCGCCGUGUCGACCAGAUCACCUCCAGUCCCAUGAGGACCCCUCGUCGUCAUGAGCGCGAAAGCCCUGCCUUUACCCGUGUCUUCACACCCGAACCGCCAUCAUCCAGUCCGCCCAAGCGUCUGCCCCAUAGUCAAAGUACGAAUUCAGUACUGAGCCGCGGCUCUCACGAGGCCUCACCAUCGACUGGCCUCAACCAACGAAUGCAGAUGAUGACUGUCAGUUGA